AGGAGCUUCGCGUUCAAGAUCGGACCAUCGAUCAGCAAACGUCUGUCCAAACCCCGAUAAUCAGCAAGAAGCCACUCGAAGCCCACUCGGCGGUGAAACAAAUUGCACCCGAUUCCGAAUCAGCAUACACAUUCUCGUCCAUACGAUCCUGUUCCGCGACUCAAAUCGCCUCCGCCCCCGCCGUUUCAAUUGACAUCAAGAAGUCAACCCACAUCACAAUAAUGUCCACCAUCCUCCGCAGACUCCAAGGGGGCAACCUUGAAGUUGUCAAGUUCGGCAUGUACGUGCUAUUCCCUAUCGGUUGGAUGUACUACUUCGGAACGAAUCUCGACGAGCGCUUCAGCGUACCUGGGUUCUGGCCUACCACAGAGCAGUCACAUAAAAUUCCGCUGGACAAGGAGGAUAUCGAUAAGGAGCUGGCGCGCAUGCGCAUGGCUGAUUCCGUGAAGCGGGAGCGCCGGGAGCGAGAGAACGAGAUUCAAGCGCAGGCUCAAGCCCUAGCGCAGGCGCAGAGUGGACAGGGUUCAAAUUCAGAAUGAAGUGACGGUUUGGUUGGUUGAUAUUUUGGGUUGCCAUAUGGACACGGGGCUCAAAAGUUCUGAGCUGGUGAAAAUCCGAAUCCACCUCAUCAUGCUGUUCGGAACGGCUGUAGUGGCUUUUUUUUUUUUUUUUCCUAUGGUAAAUUGUAUAUUGGGAGUUCUUGGUCUCGGUUGCGGGUGAGCUACUUUUGUACAGUAUGUAUAAUUGCUCGUUGUACUAUUACACUCUUCUCUGAGCAUCUUAUGGAGUUGCUAUUGGAUUUGACAAGGAUUCUUGAUACUCUGAGUAUUAUUCUUACAUUGUUUUUUUUUAUCAAGAGGUGCACUCCAAAGUUAUUUCACCUCAAAACGUUACUACCAGCGGGCAUGAC